AUGGUACUCAUAUUUUUCCUUGUAGUAUUACAAGUGUAUGUAUUUGGGGUUGCUGAAGAUCCGUUUGCAGCUUACCUGUCAGAGAAUGAAUAUUUAAACCUGAAUUUAAAUGAUUUUUUUGAAGGAGAAGAAUUGUCAUUUUCUGUAGGUGAAAAUAACUUUACAGGGGACUGCCUACAAAUCUUUGAUCCAAUUUAUUUUAAUACCACUCAUUCAAUUGAAUUAGGGAGCAUUAGAGCGCCUUCAGUACAGGAGACCCCGAAUCAGAGGCAAGUUACAUCAUUUAGAAUGGAGAACAAAAUGAUAAUGUUCGGAUUUUUCCAGAGUUAUAUAGAAAUUUAUAGCUUAAUGCUGACAAAUGGACAAUUAGCGAUGCAUUGAAACGAGAGCUUAGAUUAUCAGCAUAUGAACCCAAAUAUACUGCAGGUAGCGUUAUUUACUAACUUCCCCAAGUAAUAAACAAGUUUGCUUAUUCGUGGGCGGUUUUAGCAAAAAAUUUUAAAAUUUUAAUAAAUUGAUCGAAAAUUGUUUAUUAUUGGGGCAUUUUCAAUAUACAUAAAAUGGGCGUAUGGCGACCUACCGUCCUCUCAGUGACGGUAACCCGUGUAUAUCCGGGCAUGGUUUUCCGGAGAAGCGACUUAGCCCAGCAGUAUCUGGACCCUAGUGGCGACUAGGGACGAACACAGACCCGCUGAUCGUGACCAGAUCCUAGGGCAGUUAGUAGCAUCUCCUUUUUCCAGCAGCGCCCAAGUCAGUGGGUGCCCGAAAUGGAUCAGGGCGACUUACCUGCUCAAGCUGCUACUGUGGUCUGCCCCGAAUCGCGGAAGCGAUUGAGGAUUUUAUCAAGCGGAUAAGCUGAUAAAAGGGAGGCAGAUUAGACGGCCUAAAGGCGGUCUCUCCAGUUAAAAGGGUCCCUUAAAUGGACGAUCUGGCCACCCGGAGACAAAGACUGGCGUAACUCGGGACGAAAGGCUGAGUUGGAAAUGGUGGUGCUCGGCGACGGUCGGCUGACGACCCAAUAGGGCAACCACUACCGAGAAACCAGGGGUUUCGGCCUGGGCUCAGAGAACCAGUGAUGGAAGUCCAUCCUUUUCGCUCGUGCCAGCACGGCUCCUCACGGAGCGCGGAGGAAUGUCACGCAUGGAAGAAGGGACCUUAAAUACAUAUCGUUAAUUAUUAUUAUUAUUGUGGCAUUUCAGAUUAAAAGGCAUAAAUGCAAAUUUUGGGCAUUUCCCCAAUUUACAAUUGAAAAUUUGUGCCAAGCCCCUACGAAUAAGCAAGAGUUUACUUAUUAUUGGGGGAGUAAUGGUGACAGUAAAUAUGCACUUAUUCUGCUCGGCCAGUUAGAAGAAGUUGACGGACAAAAUGUGACGAGAAACGAUUUAUAUGUCAUGAAUGUUACUAACCCAGAAGAACCUGACCCGCCUGUGCUGCUAAACUUGUGGGAUGUGAGAUAUACUUCUAGUUUGAAAAUAUCAACUGAGAUACAAGGUACUGUAAUAAUACCAAUUUCUGGAAUUUUUUCUGCAAGCUUUUCAUCUUAUAACGGUGUGCUUUUUGUAUAUAAUUUCAGUGAUCCUUAUGGCCCAGUGCUUAUGCAGACUGUAACGAGAUAUUUUACACUGCCUAACGCAAAUAAUUUAAUCCCUAAUCCAGUAGAUUCACUGAUAUUAGAUUCAUGCAUUUAUCUGCUGGAUGCCAACAUUGGAGUCAUUUUAUACUUACUAAAUCCUGAAAAUGAGUUCUUUUUUGAGUCAGAUUAUUUUGACUUAUCAAGAUUUGGUAGAAGCUUCAGUAUUGCGUAUAAAGAUAAUCCUUCCCAGCUUGAAAGGGCCAUAACUGUUGGCACUGAGCAGGGGAUCAUUGCUUUCAGUCCUAUUAAAUUUGAUGAAGUAUUCUGAGUUACAAGCUAUGACCUAUAUGGAAAUGUAUCGCCAAUAAAAUCAAGUCAAAACUUGCUGAAUUAUUUCUUUUUAGAUGUCUUGGGCCAAAAUAAUACAUCAUUAAUGGUAAUCCAAGAUCGAUCGAUUUUUGAGCAAGAUAUAUUGUUUCAUUUAGACAUAGAAGCACUUGUGGGGCAGAAUUUUGAUCCUAAUGGGAUGUGAAAAGUGUUUUAUGGCUUUUAUGGGCAAUUUUUCUAUGUGAGGUUUGAUCUUUAUGCAAUAACAUCUUAUGGGUUUACACUGGAUUAUUGAAAAUUGAUUGUGACGCCUGGUGCAUUACCUUAUUCUGCAGAAAUAAUCGCUGAAUCAGCAUUGCAGACAAAUGAAAAGUCGACAAGAUGAAUUACAGUAAUGGGAAUUCCUGAAAGUGUUAAUGCCAUACUUUAUAUUGAUGGAUAUACCCCAAUUCCUUUAGAGCCUAUACAAAUUAAUGUUGAAUUUGACGGAUUUGUCGCCAAUAUUAUUGGUAAUCCAAUGAACUAUUUUUCUGGGCCAAAUAUGAAUUUUUCUAUACAAUUAAACAGCAUCUCUUCAGAUUUUUCAUUUAAAUAUUCACCUUAUGAGAUAGCCAGCUACUUGGAAACUGUUCCAAUCAAUAUGAACCUUACCUCUGCCCAAAUAAUUGGGAUUGAACUUUUUAUGUAUACACACAAUGAAAUUUUUGUAUUUUAUUAUGGUGAAAAUGGAUUUGACAAGUGAGCCUCACUGAUUAACCCUAUUUCUACAGUUAUAUGCUCCCAAGGAUGGCUUGUGUAUUCCUUACCUGAGCCAAACUCUCCACUUAUAAGCUUGAUUGACUCUGCAUCUAACCAGACAAUUCAAACUUGGACUCCUUUGGUACAAUGCAAUAUGUUUAGUGCAUAUAACAAUUAUUUGCUUUGCGGAGACCAUGAUUUAAUUGAUCUUUACAUAACUAAUACUGAAAGCAACCUUUAUGAAAGUAUGAUACAAGUAUCUGCAAAGCUUUUCAACAUGGACUUAUAUAUCAUAGACGCCACUUUGACUUCUCCAUCAGAAAAUUUUCCUGACUCUUAUCUAUAUAUUUUAGACCAGUAUAACGGCAUCAAUAUUAUCGAUUUAGAUUUUGUGUACAAUGGAGAAAUCCCUAUCCUUCCUUACUGUGUAGAUAAAGCAAAUGUGACAAAUGCUGUAAGGAUGAUUGGAACUACAGAGCAAAUAUAUAUAAUAAUAUAGCGCUUUCCCGAGGAUGGCGCGGAAUGGCGCCAUCCUCGGGAAAGCCAGGAAGGCACCCACACGGGAACUGGGAGUUCCACGUGUGGAUGCCAUUUUGACAUGUGGAAGUUUGGAUCCCACAUGUCAAAAAUGGCAUCCACACGUGGAACUCCCAGUUCCCGUGUGGAUGCUUAGUUGACUUUCCCGAGGAUGGCGCCAUUCCGCGCCAUCCUCGGGAAAGCGCUAUAUUCAGUGAUGGAUCAGUAGACAUUUACUCUACCACUCUAGCUUUUAUAAAACGAGUUAGAGCUAGAUAUCAAGCAACUUACAUUGAUGCUAAAAAUAUUGAAAAUGUGCUAUUUAUCCAGGUCACUGGCAAAAUUUUGGUUAUAGAUGGGCUACAAACAACGCAUAGCAGUUUGCUUACAUAUAUUCCAGUUAAUGAUUCUUGCCAAUUUGACGUCUCAAGCGAGUACGAGGUUUACUGGGGAAUCAUUGGGAUUUUGUGCCCAAAUAAAACCAAUCAAGAUCUCAUGUUUUAUGGAUUAAAUUGUCCAACAAUGCCUUAUGACCAGCCUUGCCAAUUAAAUUUGUAUUCUCAAAUAACUAUGACGAAUCCUUUAUCAGUAAGCCAGCUUCAAUAUAUUGCAAAUAUAACACUAAUUGCGUCUAAUGAGGUUUCUUCUGUUUUUCUUCCAGUAAUUCUCAACAUUUUCCCAGACGGUGAAAAUAUAUGAAUUAAUGAAGAACUUUGGAAUAUUAGCCACCAGCUCGUUAUUGAUUAUGAUAUAGAAGCAAUAGUUGACUUAGGAAGCUCAUACCAAGGACAAAACGUAAAAUCCUAUUUAAAUAUCAAUGGAAAGUAUCCAACAUUUAAUUAUAAGGAGCCAAACUAUGUCCCUGCUAUCAAAUGGCCCCAAAUGAUAUUGACAGAUCACUAUGAAGGAGAUUAUAAUGAAAAUUUCACAGACCAUACCGCAAUUAAAAAUACCAAUAGAGUAAUAGUCGCAAGUAGCACACAGGGUCUCCUUAUAUUUAAUUUAUCUGGUGUCCCUAGCCAGGACGAUAGCUUCGAUUCUCCAGAUGUCCCAGUUGAAAACACUCUAAACGUUUCAGACUAUAUAAACGGCACAAAUCCUGUUUGUUCUAUAGUUGAAGAUAUAGGAACUCAAGGCGACUUAACCUUGUUCGUCACUGCUUGCCGACAUCAAAUGACUGAACAGUUUUCAUGAAAUGAAGGAAAAUUAGUGAAUUUAACUCUCAAUCAGUUUGCUUUGGUUCUAUGAGAGUAUGAUUUCGUGAAAGGCAAUGUGAAUAAAAUAAGAGUUUUAGAAGUCGAGUUCAACCCAGCCUGGCUUAGAGCGAUUCCUUCCACUAACUAUGACUUCAUGCUGAUUUCAAUUGAUUCUUCAGAUGAAGCUGAUUAUGAAAAAUAUCGAAAUAAUCAUGUGAUCAGAAUUGCUGUGCACUGGGAUAACGAUGCUUUAAAUUUGACAAUAGUCGAAAUCAUUGAUUUCCACUCUCUUCAACUUCCAGCUUUUUAUGCUCAUGCAGUUGAUGGAGUUUACUCAAAUAAUGACUUAUAUUUAUAUGUGGCCGAUCAUUGAUAUGGAACAAGAAUUCUUCAAACAAAGAAUGGCAACGUUACUAAUAUCAGUGAAAUAGUAGGUGGCCUGCCGAUGAAGGAUGGUGAUUAUAUCGUUAAUGUAGGGGUAUGUGGGAACUUUUUAUUUACUGGGACCGUUGGGACCAAAAUUCAUCAAUUUUUAUUAAAUUCUAAAAGUAACCCCCAGGUUAUGACGAGGUUUUAUCCAUACAACAAUACAUUGAAUGACUACAUUGCUCUUCCCUCUCUUAUCGUUUGUUCUGACUAUUAUCAGCCUGAUUUUAUAGUAUCUUCAAUCCUUUCCUCCAAAAGCGAGUUUUACAUAAGAGUUUAUAACACAAAGGUGAGCGCUGAUAACUCCAUAAUGUACGACAUGACAAUUUCUCCACAGCUGUAUCCUCAAGCUACAGGAAGCGUCGUAUUCAUAAAUUCUAAUACAGUAACUGCUAUAGGAGCUCUUACACCUUAUCUAAGAAGUUAUAUUUUAAAGAAGCCACAAAUCAUUAUACCUAAAAUGACACUUAACGAGUAUAAGCAGAUGCUAAAGGAAUGAGGAACAGACACUUUUGAACUUUUUGUAACGCUAGUUAAUGAAAAUAUGUCAGUAAACUCGACAUCUAUUAGCGUAAGAAGAACUCCUGCAGGUAGCAAUGAUAAUGAUGAUGGCUAUCAGUAUCAUAGUAAUGGCAACUCAUGAUGGAUUUGAAUGAUACUUGGAUUUUGUAUCCUUUUAAUUCUAAUCAUGGCUUGUCUUUUAGCAAGGUAUUUUUUGAAAAAACCAAAGCCCCAAACUAUCCAAAAUGAAAGGCCAUUAUUUUUGACUCAAUUUUCAGAUUUUGAUAAUGAUGAGUAUUUUGACUAA